UCUAACUAGAAUAAGUUCAGAUUACAGAGAAGACAGCAUAGGCACCUCUAUUCUUAUCGGCCUUGAUUGUUGAUUUAUUAUUAAAAUAAUGAGAUAUAAUAUUAAUUUUUUUAACGUAGUAUGCGGGAAUUUGGCAAAUUCGGUCCACUUAUUGGUGCUAUAGACGAAGGAACAUCAAAUGUCAAGUUCUUGGUGUUUGCUGCUAAUACUUCAGAAGUCCUUACAUAUCAUCAAGUCUCACUAAAAAGAUUUAGUCCACAAGAAGGAUGGGUUGAACAAGAUGCAUUAGAAAUUUUAAGUGCAGUUUUGGAAUGUAUCGAGGUCACAAUAGAUAAUUUAAGAAGACUUGAUAUAAAUCCUGAAGAUGUUGUGGGUAUCGGCAUUACAAACCAAAGAGAAACAACAAUUGUAUGGAAUUCUACAACAGGGGAGCCAUUAUAUAGUGCCAUUGUAUGGCUAGAUGUUAGAACAUCUAAAAUUGUUGAUGAUCUUAUUAAAACUAAAGGAGCACAAUGUAUUAAUGCUGUUACACAGACUAGUGGGUUACCUUUAUCUACAUACUUCUCUUCAGUGAAGCUAAAAUGGCUAUUAGAAAAUGUACCUGCUAUUAAGCAAGCAGUGAUAGAAGGGGAGUGCAUGGCUGGCACUGUAGAUUCCUGGUUAAUUUGGAAUCUCACAGGUGGUUGUCGAGGAGGAGUACAUGCAACAGAUGUUACAAAUGCAUCUCGCACACAACUAAUGUCACUUAAGAGUUUACAAUGGGAUAAGGGUCUCUUACGCUUUUUUGAUAUUCCCAUACAAAUACUACCAAAGAUUAAAAGUUCAGCUGAAAUUUAUGGAUAUAUAUCUACCGGAGCUCUUCUUGGCACACCAAUUGCUGGGUGUUUAGGUGAUCAGCAAGCAGCAUUGGUUGGGCAAAAUUGUAUGAAUUUUGGGCAAGUGAAAUGCACCUAUGGAACUGGGUGCUUUCUGCUCUAUAAUACAGGAGAAUCGAUAGUGCACUCCCAAAAUGGAUUACUUACAACAGUAGCAUAUAAACUUGGACCAAAUGUACCACCUAUAUAUGCAUUGGAGGGAUCAGUGGCUAUAGCGGGCGACACAUUACAGUGGCUGCAAGAUAGCUUGGGAAUAUUAAAUGAUGUGUUCGAUACAGAGUAUCAAGCCUCCCAAGUGACUGAUGAUGAAGAAGGCAGCAUUUGUUUCGUACCAGCCUUUAAUGGAUUAUACUCACCGCAUUGGAGAAAAGAUGCACGAGGCGUGAUGUGUGGUAUAAGCAGUAAGACACGUCGGCCGCACGUGGUGCGCGCGGCGCUAGAGGCGGUGUGCCAGCAAGUGUGCGCGGUGGGCAGCGCCAUGGCGACCGACUGCGCGCCGCUACGACGCCUGCUUGCCGACGGUGGCAUGGCGCAAAAUGCGGCGCUCAUGCAAAUGCAGACUGACACUCUGGGCGUGCCCGUGAUUCGUCCAUUAAUGAUGGAAAGUACCGCACUAGGAGCAGCUAUAGUAGCUGGUCGCGCACUUCGCGUCUGGCCUGCGAGCACGCCUAGUCCACCGGCAGACACGUUCUUACCAUCGAUUACAAAUGAAGAAAGAGAUAUACGUCGUGUACGUUGGGAAUCAGCAUUAGAAAGAUGUUUGGGUUGGGCUACUGAAGACAAUAAUGAGACAACGCAAUUAAAAUCCGAUAAAGUUGAUUAUACAACAACUGUGUUGCCAUCUGGUCUAUUUUUCCUCGGAACUGCUUUACUAGUGAUACUAGCUGAUAAAAUGAAAAUAUUAUAGAUGUAGAACUUCACAACGUAGUCAUCAAAUACCUCCAAUGUUAGUCAACAUAAAUUCAGUAUUAAUAAUAUAAUGUUAGUGAAAUGUUACCAUCAAUUAAAUAAAAUACAUAA